UAUAGAGUGUCCUGAAAUGAACACGGUUCACUGUCUGGGCCAGAUGAGGUCACAUAUCUUCUAACAGAUCUGACCUCAUCAUUUUUGGGUGAUUGGUUACAGAAACUGACUAAAUGCCUCGGUGAAAACGCAUGAUGUUCAGAGUUCAGGUCAGUUGAUGAACAGAUGAUGUUACACAGGCAUCAUUUCCGAGCAUAUCGUGGGUCCGUGUCACACGCAUGCCCCUGGAUAGACUGCGAAAGCUGCCUUUUUUGCCCUGGGAAGUAUAUCGUACUAGUCAUCCUUUAACAGAACUUGAAGAAACCUGCCCACAGACUGCGGGCCACAGAAGAAGAACUUUGUUAUCCAGAGUCAAAACACCAAAAGGACAAACUCUGUUCCAGAGUUUCUUUGCAGCUCUGAAACAAAGUCACAGGGGUGUUCACGCGCACAGCGCGUCUCAGAGCAGCACUCUGCGCCAUGACCGAGCGGGAUAUCACCGCUUUCACACUGCUACCGACGACCACCGACCAGAAAGAUCCUAAACACAAUUCUCUGCAAAAACUCUACUGCAGGAAUGGAGGAUACCAUCUCCGGAUCCAACCCAACGGGACUGUGGACGCAAGUCGACAAGAUAACGACGUUUACACUCUUUUGAAGGUAAAAGCUGUGAAAGCAGGAUUGGUGGCCAUCAGGGGUCACGAGACUGGACUAUACCUGGCAAUGGAUAAAUGUGGAAAACUUUAUGGCACUGCCAUGCUGAACGAUGAGUGUUACUUCAUUGAGAAGAUGGAGGAGAACCACUACAACACAUACCGUUCACAGAGGUAUCAGGAGAAUGGAGACUGGUACGUGGGGAUCAAAAAGAACGGACGGACAAAAAAUGGCUCCAAAACGCACAAGGGCCAAAAUGCAGUCUACUUCCUGCCUAUUCCAGUGGAUGGCAGCAUGCAGUAACGUUUUGGCUUGUCGAGGCCCUCAAAACAACCCGAGCACUCUAAGAAUUAUAAGACAAUGCUUAGAUAGCCAUUAUAUAUUUAUAAUAUCACUAUAUAUAAAAAUAAAAGUCAUAUUUAUUUUUUAUAUUUA